CGAGUAGAUCUGAUCUAGCUGGUUUGUGUUUAUAGUGUAUCUUCAUUUACUUACUAAUUUUGUUUUGGUUUGUGUGUUAAUGGGCGUUUUUCGAAGUGCAGAAGUAGAAGCUUAGCAUAUCCUUCAGUACAUGUGUAUAUUUUACUACAGACGCCAAGCUAAGGUACAGUAGCAUUUACAUGUUGGUUUAGUCAACUUUGGCGCCUUGACUGCAUUCACUAUGUUUGUAAUAGAGUGCCUGAAGGGCCAUUCACGUAACGUAUGUAAACGUUAAAUAGAUAUUUUAUGGUAUACAUUUUGGCUUUCCUUGUUUCAAUCUGUCUAUUUUUCUCUCUCCUUUACGCUUUUUAGACCCAAAUUAUUCUGAGAUAAGACUGAUCAGGGGAAUAAAUGGUUUCCAUAUGGAGCUGCAUAAUGACCCUCUGAUGCUAAGUAGCAUUUGAUCCACAACUUUUAAUUUUCGUGAGUGAGAUUUAUAUUAUUUAUAUUUAUAGAUAAGUACAUCUGUACAAUUAAAACUAUAAACAAUAUUUUAGAUUCUGAAUAAAGUAAUUAUUGAUCAUUGAAACCAAAACUGAAUAAUUCAAACACUAGUCAGUUACUUUUCUUCAACAGCUGUAACUUGAUUAUCGGUUCAGAUACAGUGCUUUAUGGUUUAGUAAAUAAGAAAUUGUGAUCUUGAUGAAAUUCAGAUAGAAACAAAGCAUGGCACCCGGGGUCCAGGCGGUGGUACGUACUGCUCAGACGUGGCUACAGUGCUCCUGGCACAUCCAGGUGCCCUUUGCUUGGCUGGAAGCUUGUGUACAGUGGCUGCAGGAAGAGGCAGGAGGAGCUGAUCAUUUGUCACAGCAGCAAAUCAACCAACAGGCCCUUGACCAGUGGUUGUUAACAGACCUGAGGGACCUGGACUAUCCUGUUCUUCCUGAGGGGCUCGCUCAGGCCCAGAAGACUGUUCUCAGUGGUACCUUCUGUGUCCAGGUUGACUCAUUACUGGACGUCAGUCAGCCUGCCUAUGGUCAGCUGCAGAAGUGGAAGGGCACAGACUGUGCAAAUGACGAAGUGUCAGCAGUCACACAGACCACCCAGAGGCCCUGGGAGGCCAAACCCACCCGUAUGCUGCUACUUCAGGUGACAGAUGGAGUCCAGAGCUUGGAAGCCAUGGAGUAUCAGCCUAUCCCUGCGCUCAAAACAGAUCUAAGGCCCGGUGUGAAGCUACAGUUGCAAGGGCAGAUGGUUUGCAGGCUCGGGGUGCUGUUGUUGGGUCCUUCCAACAUCAAGGUCCUGGGUGGUGAGGUGGAAGACUUGGUGGAAAGAAAUAACCAGGGCAGGGUGCUGUGUCGAACGCUGGGGCUACCUGAAGAGCAGCAGCAGCAGCAACAGGGGGAGGAAGCCCCUCCAGCAGCACAGCAAGAGAAUCAGGAUUUGGAAGAAUUUGAGCUUGACGACCAGGAGUUGUUGGCUAGUUUGGAGGCCCAGGAGGAGAUGGAGAGAGUUCAGGUUCAUCCUGUGGAAGACAGCGGUUAUGGGACGCUCAGUGAGGUCUCCCUUCAGUCCUCCCGGAGCUCUUCUGUCAGGAGCGUCGUCUCUGCUGCCUCAUCCAGAAGUGGUAUCAGUCAAAGCAGUAUAGGAGGAUCAGUCCAUGGUCAUCGCCAUAGUAACGAUCCAGAGGAUUCAGACCUCAUUAACCACUUCCCCCCAGACCAUGUGAUUCAGGAAGACAUCCCAGAUCACAACAUGGCAGACGAUGACUUCCCUGAUGAGGAUUUUGAUGACCUCCCUCUGGAUGAGUUGGAUAGUGUGAUUUUUCAGGAGAAUACAAAUGUUUCCACACAGGCUCAAAGUGGUAACAGAGGAACAACACAGAGCUACAAUGUGGAGAGACCAACACAACGCCAAACUGCUAUAUUUGAGAAGAAUGAUUCUGGAUCAUCAUCAACUUCUAGAUCUUUAUCUACACAUUCAAAGCCAUCACAUCAAAGUGUUCGUUUACCACCUGAUGAUGAUGACUUUAUGGAUGAAGACAUGGACUGUUUUCUUGAAGAGGUAGAUACUUUCACAACCCCAAUUGAGACAACUGGAGGGCCAAAUCAGAACAGGGACACUUUAAAUUACAGGCUUCAAGGCCUUAGCCAAUCAGAGAAAGGUACCAAGAAAACAGAAAAUGUCAGUCACAGAUUUACCAGUGAGUCAACAAAAAAUGUAGUAGACUUGACAAAGACCUCCUGCUCCACACUUCAGAGGCAAAAUGACUCAGAACUCAAUAGACUAUUUGCUAAAAAUCCACAAAGUGACAAAACUCCCACUGCUAUGACCCUGACCUCUGCGCCGUUUACGUACCUCUGCCUCUUAGACAACUCGCUCUCCAAACCCCAGCCCCACACCACAGAGGUUCUUGUCAAAGCUUUUAUUGUUACUUUGCUGGGGAAGCUAAGUAGCAGCAAUGGUCUUUGGCAGGUCUGCGCCACAAUAUCUGAUGGAACAGGUUACCUGGACGUGAAGCUGUCAGAUGAGGUUUUGACAGGCCUGCUGGGUUUCUCAGUAGCAGAGAAGGCUGCUAUGAAGUGUGACCCAGCCCGGAGAGGUGAGCUGGAAGCUGGAAUGAUGAGAUGUCAAGAGGGGCUUGUGGACAUGUGCUGUAUCAUGACCAUUUCAAUUGAACCGGAGGGGGGGAAAGCUGUGGUGACCAAAGCAGAGCCUAUUACAGAAAAAGUGCUCCUGGAGCUGGAGCAGAGGGUGAAAGCCAGGAGAAAAUAAGCACAGGGGAGCCAGAGAGGAAGUGGGUGAUAAUGGGAAAAUUACAAGCAGCAGAUAUGUGUAUUGCCCUGCACAGAUGAAACUGAAAAUGUAGGCAAAUAUAGCAUUCAUUGCCUCAAGUUUGUCUUUAGAUAAUGAAACUAAGUUGGUUCUGGUGAUCAACCUGACCUUCUGUUUCAGAAUUGGAGAACAGAAUGUGUGAACUGGAUGUCUGAUGAUUAGUAUGAACCGUGUUGUAAUGCAUGCCAUCUGCUAUAUGUGAAUGUGACAUCCUGUCAUUUAUCAUUAGUAGAUUCAUCUAUUUUUGGAGCUAUUUUUUCAGCCUAAAAUGCAUGCAUGAUUCCCACGAAAAUAUAAGAACACAUAAUUUUUAAAGUCUUAAAUGUAAUAAAGGUGGAUUUAAUGGUUAAUUAUACCAAACAUUCCGACCAGAGCAACCUUGAUUUUAUGGAGCAUUUAAAGCUGUGUGAAGCGAAGAAUAAGACAUUUGAGAAAGAGAAGGGGAAGGGAAAUUCAUAUUUUGAUUGUUGUAAUGAAUUGCCAGCCUUUGCAUUCAUUCAGUACAUCCAUUAUUUCUGAAUGAAAAAUGAUUGAAUAUCCAAGGGCAGCUUGGGUCUCUAAUAUACUCCCCCAGCGGGGAAUGAGAAGGGAGAUAAAGGAGAGGCCAUGAGCUUCGAUUAUUUCUGUUAGUUAAAGAUGUUCUGUUUUUUAAUGAAUGUACAUCUACAUAUCUGACUAAUAUGCCUUUGUAGACAUGUAUACAUAUAUUGUAUUUAAAGCACAUUCAUAACAUACUGAAUAUAAAUUGUAAUAAAACUGUUUUGAAGGUUUUUACAGACAGUUUUAUUUAAACAUUCUGCAAAGUAAUUGCUUGCUGUUAUUUUUACCUUUCUAUUUCCCUUUAUCAAAUGAGAAUCAUAUUCCUACAGAUUAAAAAAAUAACCAGACAAACUAGACCAAUUCACUAGCACAGUGGGUUUCAUUUGGUUCAUAAUAAGUUUAAUAAAUGCAUCAUGGGAUGUGCACUGUUUAAGCAGACAUGACAGUAAUUAAAAGUAGCCCUGCUCUAUUAUAUCAUUCCAGUCUUUAAUUUUAAUGUACAUUUUCAACAGUUACACCCAUGAGUAUUUGCGUCUCGUUUGGGGGAGUUUACACCUUUCUGUUAAGCAUCAGUCUAGUAAUGGGUCAGGUAAAUAAAAUUGCCUGGUGUUAUUACAUGGA